AUGUUUUCUUAUAAACCGAACCCAAAACCUGUCCUCUCUCUUUCAUCCAACCUAAUAAUAUGUCAUUCUUCUCCUUCAACUCCAACCCCUAUAUUUCCAUCUGUCAACCGAACCAAGCAAUCCCAUGCGCGCAUCAUCGUUUCUGGCCUCGUCGGCCAUGCCAACCUCAUGGCUCAUCUCCUUCUUUCUCUCGCUCUUUCCCCUUCUCCCCCACUUCGAUAUUCUCUCUCCAUUUACCAAAAUUUCAAGUACCCUUCUGUCUUCGCCACCAAUAACUUGAUACGUUGCUUUGCCAAGAGCGAUUCUCCCAGUCACUCUAUUGUUUUGUACUCCUCCAUGUUGCGAAAACAUGCCAAACCCAAUAACCAUACUUUUACAUUUUUGUUCCAAGCUUGUAGCAAGGCUUUGGGUAUGGAGGAAGGAGCCCAAGUUCAUGCUCACGUUGUGAAAUACGGUCUUGCUGAUGAUUUGUUCAUUCGAAAUGCUUUGAUCAACUUCUAUUCUGCUUGCUCUAGAUUAGAGUGUUCGAAAAAGGUGUUUGAGGAGAGCUUGAGUAACCGAGAUUUGGUUACUUGGAAUACAAUGCUGGCGUGUUUUGUGAGAGAUGGAAAAAUUGAUCUCGCGGAGGAAGUGUUCGAUGAAAUGCCUGAAAGAGAUGUUAUCUCUUGGAGCACCAUAAUAACGGGUUAUGUACAAAGUGGGCUUCUAGAGCAAGCAUUGAAGCUUUUUAGAGACGUAAUGGAAAAAAGAUUGAGGAUAAAUGAGGCCAUGUUAGUGUCGGUUCUCUCAGCGGCAGCUCAAUUAGGUUUGCUUGAAUAUGGGAAAUUAGUUCAUUCGGUUGCCAAAUCGUUGAAAUUUCCUAUGACUACUCCCCUUGGGACAUCGUUAAUUGACAUGUAUGCAAAGUGUGGAUGCAUUGAGCAGUCUAAACUUUUGUUUAACAACAUGCCCCAGAAAGAUAUUUGGACGUGGAAUGUUAUGAUCUGUGGUUUGGCAACGCAUGGACUUGCCAAAGAAGCUAUUGCUCUCUUCGAAAUCUUCAUAAAUGAAGGUUUCGCUCCAGCCACUGUUACUUUCAUUGGGGUUUUGAGUGCCUGCAGCAGAGCUGGUUUGGUGAAGGAGGGAAGGCAUUAUUUUAAGUUAAUGACCCAGGAUUAUGGGAUUGAACCAGAGAUGGAGCAUUAUGGAUGCAUGGUUGAUCUCUUGGGUCGAGCUGGUUUCGUAAAUGAAGCUGUUGAAUUGAUUGACAAGAUGCAAGUGACACCAGACCCUGUAUUGUGGGCAACAUUGCUUGGUGCUUGCAAGAUUUAUGGAUAUGCAGAGCUGGGUGAAGAGAUUGGUCAUAAGUUAAUCAAAUUGGAUCCAAGCCACAGUGGGCAUUAUGUGCAGUUGUCUACAAUAUAUGCCAAGUCAAACAAAUGGGAAGAGGUUAUUAGAGUUAGGAGAUUGAUGAUUGAGAGAAACACUAAUAAAACUACUGGUUGGAGCUUGAUAGAAGCACAUGGGAGAGUUCACAAGUUUGUUGCCGGUGAUAGAGAACAUGACCGUUUUAUGGAAAUUCAUAAAAUGCUUGAAACAAUAGGUACACGAAUUGCAGAAGCCGGUUACUCACCAAACAUUUCUUCUGUGCUGCAUGACAUUGGAGAUGAAGAGAAAGAGAUUGUGAUCAAAGAACACAGUGAGAGGCUAGCGAUUGCUUUUGGAUUGUUAGUAAUUCCGGAUGGGGAAUGCAUACGAGUUGUAAAAAAUUUAAGAGUUUGUGAGGAUUGUCAUGAGGUAACCAAGUUUAUCUCAAAAGUGUUUGAAAGAGAGAUCAUAGUGAGAGAUGGGAGCAGAUUUCACCAUUUUAAAGAUGGAACUUGUUCUUGUGGUGAUUUUUGGUAGAUCAGACUUUGGGAAAACUCUAAUACAUUCUUUUUAUUACA